CGCCGGAGGCUGGUGUCAACACCUGUCAGCGCGAGACUUCGCCGAGAGACGAGCGGCAUCUGGCCGCGCCCUUGCGGUCCUGGACGCUUACGUUAAUGCACUAAAGCUGUUGCUGCUCCCAUCUGUCUUCUCACAAGAAGGCCAAGCUCAUAUCUUUCAUUCAGCGAGCAGACGUGAUCCACUUUCUGCCGCUGACUCUGGUUGGUGGACGGUGGAGAGGACCGUAGCCAGUCAGGUGAGAGCAGGACAGGCGGAAGUGCGCUACACCUUGAAGGAUGAGAGGGAGACGAGAGCGGGUCUUGACGGUCUGUGUGUGUGUGUGAUCGUGGCCUAAUCGCAUUUGCAAGCUUUCUUGUUUUUGUUUUUUUUUUUUUGGUUUUUUUUGUUUGUUUGUUUGUUUUUUUGUUUUGUUUUGUUUUGUUUUGAUUGUUUGGUUUUUUUUUCGCACACACAAAGUUGACAGUCAGAUACACCGAAAGGACUGUCCAGCUGACAGACAUAGCCCCCACCACCAAUGAGAGAUAGGUUCAAACUUUAAUCGGAUGCUGCACUUGCUGUGCGUCAUCUAACGGCACAAGGAUGCAGGUGGAUCGGAUGCAGCGUGGUUCUCUGCGUCAAGCUUGAGUGCUCACCCGUGUUUACGGCUACUCUUGUCACGGUCCUAGCCCCUACUCCUCCCAACUCCUACCUCCACACCCUAUCCCCAGUCUCGCUGUCCCCCGGCCUCCUGCGAGAUAAGACGUGAUCUCACGUGGCGACGUACACCUUAAAGGCGAAGGUGGAGUUCACGUUCCGUGCACCAACCCCUACCCAUCCACUCCACCCGCCCCCAACCCCCCCAACCCGCUAUUUCCCUCUGCCUAGCAGCACGAAAGGGGGGCAAGCUAGCGUGGUCUGUUUUUUUUUUUUUCGGCGAAGCUAAAGACAAGGGGACAUAACAUUAGGAGGGAGGAGAAGAGGUGUGCGUGUGACUGUCGGCCCGAGUCAAAGAGUGGACGGCCACGGUGUGGAGGAGUUGCACGGUGAGGUCUGUCGUGUUCACACAGCCACGGUCCCACACAUUACAUGCUGCACAAGCACGAGUGACCAAAGGACAAACUUUGAACAAAAGGACUCGCGUGGGAGGGACAUUGGAGGGACCUUGAUGGUCGGAUCUGUGUCAGACGCCCACACCUGAACCGUCACGCGUUCUGGAACUGCAGGAGUUCACGUGUUACGGCUGAGUGCGCACGCCCGGGGUCAGGAGGUCAGGCGAUCGAUAAGCAAGUCUGGUGGCGCGUGGCGGCUGAUGCUGUGUCUGCUGCUGAUGCUGAAAUCUUCUGAGUUCCUCCUGGUAUUCUGAGACUAGGUCACCCCCGUCACGGCUGGCAGAAUAUAGAACUCAAAUUCCGACUGUUGUCGGCGUCGCAGCACCGCCAGCCCACAGAGGAUAGCUUACUGCAAGCCAUGCCAUCAGCGAGUCCCCUGUACAAUCAGUUUCCAAACGGUUUGGUCGAUCCAGAUUGUCCGUACCGAUACCCAGGCAGCGGGGACCAUGUCCCGUUCUCCGGCUGCCCGGUCCCCACAGACGCAGUGACCGGUGGAGGAUCCAAGCUGCCCGCCGAGUACGAUCCCUUUAAAUACCUGUCCGCCAUGACAGAGCAGAGCCUGUCGGACAGCUUCCCGUCCCAGUCGACUCACGCAUGCGCGGCCGCCGCCAGCGGCUCCCAGUUCCUGUUCAACCAGAGCGCACAGAUACACGGCGGCUACCAAUGCACUGCCACGUCACCUCCGGCCGCCACGUCAUCGUCGCAGCAGUUUUUCGCGUCACAGUCGCCAGGGUGCUGCAUGUACUCCUCGGAGAAUUCGCCUCACGCGCAGCGGAUGGGUGGCUUCACGCCGGGUGGCACGGACGCAGAGGGCUUCGGCAUGUCACAGACCGUCCGAGGAGCGGGAGGAGGCGGGGAUCCCCCAGCCUGCAAGAAGAACUUUCUCUGUUCGACGGAAGAGCUGAUGGAAAGCGGUGACAGUGACAGCCUCCUGAGCUGGACCAGGCAACAUCCGGAACACUGGUCCCGGGCUGAAGUGCUUGACUGGCUCUUCUUCGUGGCGCAGGAGCGCGGUCUUCGACAUGCAAGAUUUCAGAGGCGAGGCCUUUCAGUCUCUGACCGGAAGUCAGCUUUGUCACAUGACCAUGGACGACUUCAUGCUCCUGGAACCCAAAUACGGAAUCCUACUUUAUCAAAUGCUCAAAAAAUUACUCAGUGGAGUGUUGUUUUCGAAACCGGCAGAAAAUCAGAAUCUGCAAGCAGCUGGGGACUGCACAGACCUGUCGCCAUACUCAGCAGUGUCAUGUGACUCGUCACGUGACUCUCCGGACGCGGCUACGUUUCAAGGUUACCUGAUCCCACGCAAGCCUUGUCCAAACUUCUCGGCGCACGAAAAUUAUUGGAAACAGGAGAGGACAGAGUGGAAGCCUCAACGAACUGACCCUCUACAGUCUGACGUCAUCGACAUCGACUCCUACAUCGAUUUCGACCCCACAGAGGCGCCCAAACAUC